UACCUAGUAUCCAUUGUCAGUAAUUAGCAGAAGUGCUGUCACCUGGAAAUAAAAGAAGCAGCAGACACCUGGGAGAGCAAGUCUGACUACUAACUGGAAAUAUACACAGGGGUGUAUUGACCUGAAAAGAUGGCAUACCGAUUUGACCAGAGUAAAGUAGGUGGAAAGCAGGAAUAUUCAGAUUCAUAUCUCCAGAGGGAUCCAAGCUCCUUUCCAGGUACCUCCUGGUGGGCCAGCAGACAGGACUGUAAAGACCCAGCAGACUCCCUCAGGGAGCAGCUCAGAGAAAUGGAUGAGCACGUGGCCAGGCUUCAGGCAGAUCUGAGAUCUGAGCACACAAAAUGUUCCCGUCUGCAGCUGCAGUGCAACCAGCAGGAGGCAGAGUUGAAGCGCAGAGAGAUGCACUGCAACAGACUGAAGGAGAGGCUUUCACAGACUGACAGUCACAGAGACAAAGGACCCUCUAUAGAGGUGUUAAAUUUCCCUCCUGGAAGCAGAGGCAAAAGGGAGCAACUCAGCAAAUCCAUCAGGUCUACUGCCAAGCGAGAAGAGGCUGCACUGCGCCUGAUGCUGGAGCGCAGAGAGGCAGAACUGAGAGAGGCGAUGAAGCUGCGCCACAGCCUCACCACUUUGCUGCACGCACUCAGAGUCGACAUGGAGCAGUGCCUGUUGGAGUUUUUGGAUGUUAGCCAAGAUGGAGACAGAAAGCUAGAUGAAACUGAAGCAGCACUUGGUGAACACGUGACUGGAGGAGUUGUUCAGAGCUGGAGGCUGGUGCAGAAGAAGCUGCAGAGCAUCUUGUCUGAAGGUCACACUGCUGCUGGUACCGACCAUGAUAAGCUCCUGGCUCAGCUGGAGCUCGAACUAAAAGAAAGUCAGGAGGUCAUCAAAUUACAACAGCAGCUUCUACAGGACAACCUUGCCUCCACGGUCCCAUCUGAACUCUCCGAUUCUUACUUUUUGGAGGAGUGGGAACGUCUUCAGAUGUCUUGGGCAGAGCUUACUCAUCAGCGGAGGACAUUUGAAAGGGAGCGGCAAGCGUUCACUGACGCUGCCAUUCGACUGAGCCAUGAGCGCCGUGAUUUUGAACAACAAAGGGGCUUGUUUUUGAAGCAGCAGUAUCUGUGUGACUCGUCUCUGUUUAACAAAGGAGCAACAAACAGGAGGGAGAGCACUGCUUUGAACUUCUCUGGUGUGGAAGGAACUAACGUAUCCGGCUGUCUUCCCAUCACUCCAUCAUCCAGUGACUCUGGGAACGCCGCUGCUGAUGAAUUACAUGAGGGAAGGGUCAGAGUUCAAAGCCCCAGCACACCUCAGCUGUACUCUGCUCUCAAUUUAUCAUAUAAUAACAGGUCCAGAGAAGCUGAUCACCACUCGGAGAUGUGGGAAGGCGGGGCGGACAGGAGACUGCACACACCCUGGCCUUCAUAUUUGGACUGGUCAUUUUAGUACACUGUUUUACUGCUGAAGUUAAAUAACAUUUUACCUUCAAUGUUAUCUUUUUAAUAAAGGCGUUUAUUUGUUUUUAAA